AUGGCCGUCGCCGUCCAGCAAUCCGUCAACCCGCAAAGCGCGGCCGCUCUCGAGCAUCGCAGCCUGACAGAGCCUGAGAAGGUCGAAUUAGACUUUGAGGCACUCAGACGAAAGUAUCAGGAAGAGCGCGACAAGCGACUCCAGAACGGCGGUAUCAAUCAGUACACCAUCAUCCAGCCGGCGAGCAAAGCGGCCGAAAAGUUCCUCGACGACCCGUAUGUCCAGCCUGGCUUCACUCGUGAUCCGAUCCAAUUGGACACAGAUGUGAUCAUCAUCGGCGGAGGUUUCGGCGGUCUCAUGUGCGCGGUGCGACUCCUGGAGCAAGGCGUCACGAAUUUCCGCAUUAUCGAGAAAGGCGGUGAUUUCGGCGGUACAUGGUACUGGAACCGAUAUCCCGGAGCACAGUGUGAUAUCGAAGCUUAUGUGUACAUGCCACUACUUGAGGAGACCAACUACGUGCCCUCGGAGAAAUAUACCCAUGCGUCUGAGUUGCUCGACCACGCCCACCGGAUCGGGGCCCAUUACGGCUUGUACGACAAAACCAUCUUUCAAACCGAGACUCUAAAGCUUCAGUGGAACGAGGCGACGACUCGCUGGGACGUCGAAACUAACCGGGCGGAUAUCAUCUCUACUCGGUUCAUCAUUCCGGCAGCGGGACCUCUCCACAGACCAAAGUUGCCAGGCGUCCCAGGCAUAGACUCUUUCAAAGGUCACUUUUUCCACUCAUCCCGCUGGGACUAUGACUAUACCGGAGGCCAUAAUCGUGGAGAUCUAUCCAAGUUGGCUGAUAAACGGGUUGGGAUCAUCGGCACUGGCGCGACGGCGGUGCAAAUUGUCCCUCACGUUGGCGCAGCAGCUAAGCAGCUUUAUGUGUUUCAGCGUACGCCAUCCAGUAUCGACGUCCGAAACAAUCGUCCGACAGACCCCGAGUGGGCGAGGUCGCUCCCCAAAGGAUGGCACCAAGCGCGAAUGGACAACUUCGACACCGUUAUUGCUGGCGGGUACGUUGAGGAAGACCUGGUCGCCGACGGAUGGACGGACAUCUUGAGAAACCUCUGGCCUCGCAAAAGCGACAAUGAAUCUGCCACCGUGGACCCGGCUCAGAUCGCCGCCAAGAUGCAACUGGCCGACUAUCGGAAAAUGGAGUCCAUCCGCGCCCGCGUCGACAGUAUCGUGGAGGACAAGCAGACGGCCGAAGCCCUCAAGCCGUGGUACAACCAGAUGUGCAAGAGGCCGUGUUUUCACGACCAGUACCUCCAGACGUUCAACCGGCCGAAUGUGAAGCUGGUUGACACGAAAGGCAAAGGCAUCGACCAAAUCACGCCCGAGGGCGUCAUGGCGAACGGCAUCGUCUAUGAGAUUGACUGUCUGAUCUAUGCGACCGGGUUCGAAUUGGCGACCGAUUGGGCCCAGCGGACCGGAAUGGAGAUCUACGGGCGAGACGGGAUCACGACGACCGAGAAGUGGAAGGAUGGAUUCCAGACGUUCCAUGGCUGGACCAGUCGCGGGUUCCCCAAUUGCUUCUUCGUCAACAGCGUCCAGGCGGCCGUGUCGCCAAACUUCCUCCACGCGACCGCCGAGCAAGCCAGGCAUUUCGCCUACGUUGUCCGACGUGCCUGUGAGAGGAACGUCCGCACCCUCGAGCCCACCGCCGAGGCCGAGAACGCGUGGGUCCAGCUCUGCGUCGAGCUGGCGGAACCGCGCCGGAAGUUUCUCGAGGACUGCACCCCCGGCUACUACAACAACGAAGGCGACUUUGACGACUUGAAGACUCGGAGGAACGUCAUCUACGGCGGUGGCUCGCCGGCGUUCUUUGAGUUGACCAGGAAGUGGAGAGCUGACGACCGCUUCGAGGGGUUAGAGGUGACUUAUCUUGAGGAGGAAAAGUGA